GGUCUUGAAAAACAAAGCAAUUUUUGAUGAAAGAUCCCAACGGCUACCACGACGAAAGUGCGUCUCCGUAGCCAUUGCAACCCGCGCUGAUUUGAAAGAAAUGUAAUAGAAACUACUUAGAAACUGAGCCCUAAUUACUCCACAGUCCACGCCUCCAUGCUCAGUUCUCUCAUUCCUCAAGGUAAGUCGAAGUCUCCGCCGCCUCAACCGGCCGCCGCAUCCUCCACCGCCGCGCCGCAGCCGCAGCCGUCGCCACCGACACUGUCCUCCACUCAGGGAAAAAAUCAAAUUCAUGGAUGUAAGUUCAUUGACACUCAAUGCCAAAAACCCAAAGCUUAGUGAAGAAAAUGGUGUGGAUGAGGAGAGUAAAAAUGGCAUAGGUCAUCUGGAUGAUUCACUUCUCCAGCGAAUUGUGUCUUUUCUUCCAACAAAAGAUGCUGUUAGGACUUGCAUACUAUCCAAAAGAUGGGCAUGCCUAUGGAUGUCUGUUCCAAAUCUUGAUUUUGAAGAAGGGGCACCAGCUGAUGUUGAUCUAUAUGAUGAAGAAGUGCUAAAUAAGAGAGCAUGCUUUUUGGAUUUUGUGGAAAGGGUUCUCUUGCUUCGUGAUUCCUCACCCAUCACAAAUUUUUCACUCUCUUGUAAUGUGUUUGGUGAAUGGGCUCGCAUUAAUGCUUGGAUAGCAACAGUGGUCAAGCGCAAUGUUCAAGUACUUGAUAUUUCGUUCAAAAAAGCUUCAGAUUCAUUUGUGUUGCCCUGUUGCCUUUUUACUUGCGACUCGCUGCAGGUGUUUAAUCUUUACAUGAUCUAUCGUCUUGAGUUACCCAACUUUGUGCACUUUUCAAAUCUCAAGACAUUGAAUAUUACACGUGUUACAUUCACCAAUGAUUACACAGUGAAACUGCUAUUUGAUGCUUGUCCAGUCUUGGAGGAGUUGGGUUUGAUUGUUUGCAGUUGGGAUGGUGUCAGAGGUGUUUGUAUAAAUAGCCCUAGGCUUAAAAGAUUGUCCAUAAUAGAAAAACAUUCCACAUCCCCUCUUGAGUCAGAUGAUGAGAAUUUUAGUGAGGACGCUCGGGUUGUUGAUGAUACAUGCACAAUGGAGGAUGCUUGCCAGUUUGCUAUUUUCAGUGCUAAUCUGGAGAACUUCUCUUACAAAGGUAGUUUUGUUGACGAUUAUUGCUUUUAUAGCUCAUCUUCAGUGGUCAAUGCAUCCAUUUUGAUGGAAUAUGGCCGCACAAGAGCUGCUUAUCGUGCCUUUAAGCUUCUUAUGGGACUCUUUAAUGCCAAAAGCCUGACAAUGUGUGAGAGAGUUGUUGAGGUUCUAACCACAUAUGCACAAGAGUUAUUUGACAAUCUGCCCGAGUUUCAUGAUUUGAACCAUUUUCAAAUCGAUUUGACUCUCUUGUUGUUUAAACAUGAUGUGUUACUCGCCAUACUUCAGAAAUUGCCUUGUCUUAGUUCCCUCAAGUUAGAAGGGACUUUGAGCCCAACCACUUGUUAUGGUAAGAAUGAUUGGACUCUGGAUCCUCUGCCAGCAUGUUUCUGUACACACUUGAAGACUAUUCAAAUCUCUUGGUUUUGUGGAUAUGAACAUGAGCUCUAUGGGGUUAAGGUUUUGCUUCAAAGUGCAAGAGUUUUGGAGAGGCUUGUUAUUUCUUUCAAUCCCUGGGAACUUGAUGGGGACUUGAAGAAGCAAGAUGAGAUUCGUCAACAAGUAAUAUCUUUUCCCAGAGCGUCAGAAAAUUGUGUUAUAGCCACUUCUUGCCCACUGAAGAGGAAGCUCAAAGUCACAUUCGGAUGAUCUAUCAGCUGGUUCUGGUUUUCCAAUAGGACUUCUCCAACAGUCCAAAAAGUUGGCUUAAUCAUAAGCUCAUUCAAUGUUGGGCAGUUGGGAAUUGGGAUUUCCUUUCCAAAGCAUGUCUAAGGUAGGUGUAUGCAGAUAACUUUUUCAUUGUUUUGUCGGGAGAAGUUUUUUUUUUUUUUCCUUUUUGUAAAUUCUUCUCUUAUCAAUUAAAUCUCUUCUUUUGUUA